AUGCCAGUAAAUCCACUUGACAAUGACGGUGAAGUGGAUGAGGGAACCGGAGACCAUGGAGUCGAAGACGGAGAUAAUAUAAAUGUUGUUGGUAUGACGAGUCAAAAUAGAAAUUAUAGAGUUUGGACGAAUAUUGAAGAAACAAAACUCGUUGAAGCUUUACUUACUAUGGUGAAUAUGGGAGCAUUUAAAGCCGAUAAUGGCUUUAAAUCGGGUUAUUUAACAUUUCUUGAACAAUCGUUAAAAGAAUCUUUGUCGGGCUCCUGGAUUUUAGGGAAACCACACAUCGAAUCAAAGUUAAAAAUAAUGAAGAAAGAUUGGACUAUUGUGCAUGACAUGAUWAAUGGUUCAUAUACUAGUGGCUUCGGAUACGAUAGUGUGAAGCAUUGUGUCGUUGCGGAAGACCAAGUUUGGGAGUCGUAUCUUCAGGUCCAUAAAGGGGCGGGAAAAUGGAAGAACAAACCAUAUUCUUUUUAUGAGGAUCUUUGUAUUGUAUUCAGAAAAGAUCGUGCCACAAGAAAUAGAGCAAGAGAUUUUGUUGAGGCGGAACAGGAAGCGCGUACAGAAGAUCAAACACAAGACAUGAAUGACAAGUCCGAUGACGUAAUGGCAACUAGCAAUGUUCAAGGUGGGAAUGCAAAUAUGCAAUCUGAAGAAACUUCAACUGCGCGUCGUAAGAAGAGAAAACGUCGAGUAGAUCCCAUGGCUGACGGAUUUAGUAAUGCGGUUACUAAACUUGGAGAAACUUUGGAGAAACUUUGGAGAAAAUGGCGAAUAAACUUAGCAGGGGUGUAG